CACAACCCAUAACAGUACCAGGGUGCUACGAAGAAGUUGGCUCUUCUCACCCCAUAUAUUAACACUUGAGCUUGUGUGAAACAUUUAGCUAAUUCUGGAAAUAUUAUAACACUCGGAGACACCUUACUUCUGAAAACAUAAAGGACCCACUUGAGAUAGGCCAUGCAUUAAGCUUCAAGGAAUCAACAGUCCUUCUGUUAAGAUGCCCUACCACUGUGUGGCUUACGGAUGUGGUAAAACACCAGAGGAUGGUGUAACGCUGUUUAGAUUCCCAAAAGACCCAGCCGAAUUUCGGAAAUGGGAAAAGCAGGUCCAGCGAACGCGGACCAAGUGGGUUGCUACAACCACCUCUCACCUCUGUAGCGAACAUUUUGGCAAGGAGUACUUUGAGACCAGGCCGCCUACAGCUGCUCUGAAGCUGAGGCCGGGGGCUGCCCCAACAAUUUUUGUCCGUCCUCACUGUUCCUUCUGCAGCGGAGCGGGCUGUAGAACCUGUCUGCCCGCCAUCCAACACCAGAGCUUUACAGCUGAAUCAGCCGUGAGAAAUAUUUGUGGGGAAAACAAUGAAAUGGCACGGGAAGAAGAACAUCUCACACAAAAAGGUCGGAAGCCUAAAGGAAAAGGCUCAGAUGAGCGACCAGCUGUUUGUGAGAUGUGCGGGGCAACGGGCAGUCCGAACAAUUUCUUUUCGAGGACAAAGCGUUUCUGCAGUACGUCCUGCUCACGCUCUUACUCAUCAAACUCGAAGAGGAGUUCCAUACUGGCUCGUCUGCAGGGAAGGCCUCCUUCAAAAAAAGCCACCGUGCUGACAAAGGUGAACAAAGUCACUGCGGGCCCAACAGAAGUAGAUGGAAAAGCCCCCGCGGCUUUCGACUGGGGCAGCUACUUGAACAAGGAGGCGUCUUUGGGCGCAUCGGUCUCCUGCUUCGCACACGCUCCACUGUACGACCACUGGGACGACAUCACUAUCGGGAUGAAGGUGGAGGUCCUCAACACAAACGCAGUCAUCCCCAGCAAAGUCUACUGGAUUGCUACUGUCGUCCAGGUGGCUGGAUACAAAGCUCUCCUGAGAUACGAAGGCUUUGAGAACGACGGCAGCCACGAUUUCUGGUGUAGCCUCGUUUCGGGGGAGCUGAACCCCAUCGGGUGGUGCACCAUGACAAGCAAGCUGCUGGUGCCUCCACAAGAUGUGCAGGAUGUCCCGGACUGGAAGGAUUACCUGAUGAAAAAGCUUGUGGGGGCCUCCACUGUGCCUGUUGACUUCUACCUGAAGCUGGCAGAUAGCAUGAAGACCCCUUUCAAAGUGGGCAUGCGUUUGGAGGUGGUAGAUCCCAAACACGUAAGCCAGACCCGCAUGGCCAUCGUAGACAACGUUGUCGGCGGCCGCCUACGGCUGGUGUACAUGGACCAAAGCGACGCCCCAGAGAAUGUGGUGGCCGACUUCUGGUGCCACUCGUUGAGUCCCCUUCUGCAUCCGGUAGGCUGGUCCAGCAAAGUGGGCCAUGCCAACAAAGCAUCCGCAAACAACAUAGAAUCUUACAGCUUUAAGGGGAACGCUCAGAGUACUGAAACGCUCUUUAAAAAGCUAAGAAUCACCUACUUGGGGGAGUGUUUCUUUGAAGAAGGAAUGAAGCUGGAGGCCAUUGAUCCCCUCAACCUAGGAAAUAUCUGUGUUGCCACAGUACGCAAGGUGCUGUUAGAUGGCUACCUAAUGGUGGGCAUUGACGGUACCAGCUCGAGCAAUGGCUCGGACAGUUUCUGCUACCAUGCCUCUUCUCACGCCAUUCUGCCCAUUAAUUUCUGCAAAAAGAACAACAUCCCUCUCACCGCACCUCAAGGUUAUGAUCCUCAGACCUUCACCUGGGAAAGUUACCUGGAGGAAACCAAAGCUAAAGCAGCUCCGGCGAGGCUGUUCAACGCCGACUACCCGGGUCACGGCUUCUCCCCGAACAUGAAGCUGGAGGCAGUGGACCUGAUGGAGCCACGACUGGUGUGCGUAGCCACUGUUGUGCGGUGCGUAGGCCGCCUUCUGCUUAUCCACUUCGACGGCUGGGACGAGGAGUUCGACCAAUGGAUCGACCACCAGUCCCCAGACAUCUACCCCAUUGGCUGGUGCGAGCUCGUGGGCUACCAGCUCCAGCCACCUCCUGAACCCGUUGAUUUAAAUGUAAACCAGUCGGUUCGAAUCAAGAAAACGAAGCCCUUCAUGUACAAAGGAAGGAAAAGAAAAGGCCACAAAAGGGGGGUGUCCAUGAACCAAGCAAAAGACGAUGCGGGUCAUCAGCAUGAAGCAGCUAAUGCUGAAAGUUCUCAAAACUGUCCUCCAGAUGUGCCACUCAUCCAGCCCAAAACUGAACCUGAGGAGGAGAUUAUCGCUGUGCGGGUGAAAGUGGAAGAGAUGGAGACCGAUAUUGAUCCCCCAGAACUGCUGCAAAAGGUAUGUCUCGGUAAAGUCAAACAUGAGGAGGCGGGACAGCAGGUUCAUCCGGAACCACACCGGUCGCCAGACGGGAGCAGCCAGAAAAAUGUGACGCACACAAAGAUGAAGGAACAGUCGACAGCGGAAGACAAGAGUGGAGCGUUUGGAUCCCUGGAUGAGAGCUUUACUGGGGAAAGCUCCAUGGACCAGAGUGAGAAUGAAAACCAAAACCUACAGGAAAGCACUCAAGGUGACGGGACCAUAGACGAGAUGGAGGAGAGCAACUCGGAGCUAGAUGAAGAAUUUGUGAUGUGAGGCAAAGAACGUGUGGCCAGACAAAACUGGAAAAGUAAGAGGGAAGACUUGACUCUGCCCCUAACUAUAAAGACAAAUGUUCAAUAAGAGCUAAGGACAACAUCACAGUUGAAGAAUUGCGUUUAAAGUAGAUAGUGCAGGGAUCUGCAAACUAAAAGGUACUUUUUGGUGUGCCUAAAAGAUUAUUGUAUACAUUUCAUAAGGACCACUCUAGUUUUAAUACUACCUCAGUCUUCCUGUAAGGUUCCACCAAUUGGCGACAUUUCUAACACCACACGUUUGCAAAGUUAUAUUUUUUUGUAUGUUCAAUUUCCCAAUGUUUCUUUUUUUGUUGUAAAGACUUAGUCAAUAAUCAAACUGACCUGAUUGUACC